GCCGGCCCGGGGAUGGCGCGGUGCUGAAAGGCGCGGGGCGCGCGGCGGCGCGCGCGGGCCUUCCAGCGCCAUGUACAGGAAACACCUCCAGGAGAUCCCAUCCUCCAGCACUAACGUUUCCACCAGCUUGGACUGGGACUCCAGCAAGACCUCGGAGUUCCUCUCGAGCGUUCCUCUCGGAGUGUCUGUCCUUAAGAAAGAAAAGCUGGGCAAUGAAAACACGCCGCAAGACCUGGUGUCAUCAGGCUGUCCUGCUCCAAAACGGCAGAAGGAGUUUGUUAUUGUGCGCCGGCCGUGGCUGCUCCGAGAGGCAGAGCCAGGUGUUUCUCUGGAUGCGCUUCCAGAUGAAUUACUUUUGGCCAUCUUUGCAUAUUUGCCCCUAAAGGACUUGCUAAAAGUUUCAGUGAUUUGCAAGAGAUGGCAUCGUCUUUCGUUUGAUGAAUCUCUCUGGCAGACUCUUGAUCUUACUGGUGGGAACCUGCUGCCAGGAGUGCUUGGACAAUUGCUUCCUGCAGGUGUUACUGUAUUCCGCUGCCCAAGAGCCUGUAUUGGGAAUCCAUUGUUUAAAACAACUGAACUUCUCAAACUUCAGUACCUGGAUUUCUCAAACUGCACAGUGUCUGUUGCAGAUCUCCAGAGUGUUCUUUGUCUCUGUGAAAGACUGCAGAACCUCAGCUUGGAGGGACUAGUGCUUUCUGACAACAUCAUCAAGAGCAUUGCUAGGAAUCCCAAUUUGAUACGAUUAAAUCUUUGUGGGUGCUCAGGGUUCUCUGCAGAAGCCUUGGAGAUGAUGUUGAGCAGCUGCUCUGUGCUGGAGGAGCUGAACUUGUCCUGGUGUGACUUCACAGCCACACAUGUCAAAUCAGCAGUCAGUCACAUUACUUCACAAGUCAACCAAUUAAAUUUAAGUGGAUAUAGAGAGAAUCUACAAAUAGCAGAUGUGAAAACACUGGUGGAAAGAUGUCCUUUUCUUGUCCAUUUAGAUCUCAGCGACAGCAUGAUGUUAAAGCCUGAGUGCUUCCAGUAUUUUCGACAACUCAUGUUCCUCCAACAUCUUUGUCUUAGUCGGUGUUAUCAGAUAUCACCUGCUGCCUUGGUAGAACUUGGUGAAAUUCAAACGCUGAAGACGCUGCAGGUGUUUGGGAUAGUGACUGACAGCUCCCUGCAGCUCCUCGAGGAAGCACUGCCUGCAGUGAAGAUCAAUCGUUCUCACUUUACAACCAUUGCAAGGCCCACUGUUGGCAACAAAAAGAACCAUGAGAUUUGGGGAAUCAAAUGCAGAUUGACACUGAGAAAUCCGAGUUUCUUAUGAUCAUGUACAAUGCACUGGAUGCAAUGGACACACUGUGCAUUGAAGCUCCUUAGGAAACAAAAGUGCUGGAGCACCUUUAAUCAUAGUACUGUUGUUGUAAAAAGCAUUCUAAUUUGGUCUUACACCUUAAUGUUGUUUCAUAGUAUUUUGUAGCAUUGUUUGUACUUAAAGCCUUUAGAGAUCUGAUGAUCUGUGAGCAAUUGUAGAAUUUUUGAGGCUUUUUUUUUUUUUCUUUAUACAGGGGAUCUUUG